AUUUCCCCAGCUCUCAUAUGUCUGGGGAGGAAGUAUUGGGUCCCUUGGAUUCCUCAGGUCCUGGGACAUGCAUGGAGGAUGUCCCCUCACUUAAGGAGCUGGAGCAGCUCCUGAACACUGGGCGGCCCUCUUGUAACCACGUCGAUGAAGUGUGGCCUAAUCUCUUCUUGGGAGACCUAGUAACAGCUCACAACAGAUUUAUUUUGUGGAAGAUGGGUGUUACCCACGUUUUAAAUGCUGCCCACGGCACAGUGUACAGCCAAGGAGGCCAGGACUUCUAUGGAGCGACCAUUGAUUAUUAUGGUGUGCCAGCAUAUGACCUCCCCAGCUUUGAUAUAAGCCAGUUCUUUUUCUCUGCAGCAGAAUUUAUCCACAAAGCCUUGAACACACCAGGAGCUAAAAUUUUGGUACAUUGUGCAGUUGGAGUAAGCAGGUCAGCAUCUCUAGUCCUAGCAUAUCUCAUGAUAAAUCACCACCUGCCAUUGGUUGAAGCCAUCAAAACAGUGAAGGAACAUCGAUGGAUUUCACCCAAUCGUGGCUUUCUGAAACACCUGAGAAAUUUGGAUGUUCAGCUACGGCAAAAGAAGGGCUGCUGAAAGGGCAAAACCUUUACAUACGCUUUUCUGAGUUUCAGCCUUCAAUAUACAUAUACUACUUCCCAUGAAACUAAAUACUAAAGAAAACAAAGAAAGCUAUGCAUCAAAGUAGAACAACAAACAAAGCCAAACAGAACUGUCAGAGGGUGCAUUCUGGCAGCUGACUUCCUUGGUGAUGAUCAAUGCCAGGAUCAACUCCUAAGCACUACAUGCUACAGAGCUGUUGUGCCCAGUGUGAGCGUACCAGAGGGCUCCACUGGAGCUGUGAAGAUGGACUUUAGUUGUUCCUGAUUUGUGUUAAUGCCAGAGACAAGUUCAAUAAUUGCAUCUAGCAGUACUGUAAGUUUGAAUCCCCUUUUCUCAGGAGUGUAACAGCAUCACCUUCUUCAGUUUGGUUACAGUUUUCAUGAGAAAAGCUUGUUGUGCUGCAGACCUGAUGAUGAGAUGAAGACAAUUUCUUAGGCCCUCGAGCUCUGCAGCACACACCUUUGUCUUUUAUGGGUCUCUUGAAUAUUAUGCUGCCACAGAGAGCUGUGACAUGUCAGUGGAAUAAACUUCCUCUGCACAGCUCUCUAUGUGGUCUCAGGGUCAGCAAACCCACAGGUUUUUCUUAGGUAUAUAUGUUGACAGCAUAUAUUUUAUGUUGUAUAUUGAGGAUAUUGAAAAAGGAGACAGAUUUUUAAGUACUUUUUGAGUGUAAACUCAUCAGUUCUGCGUAAGUAGCUUUGAAUCAUCUCUGUUUUAACAUCAGGUAGGAACCUAGGCAUUCAUCAUUACCAGGAAGCUACUGGCAUAUGUUUUCCUGUGUUUGCAAGCUCUUGCCCACAAUAAAUGUAGAUUGCUCUAAGGGCCUUUUGGAUAUCAAAUCCAUGAAAGAAGCAGGUAAGCAGUAAAUUUGGCUUUAAGCUAAUAAAGCACUUACCUUGUACCAUCCUCUGCUCCUUACCCCUUAAUCUGCAAGCAAGCUGCUGAGUCCCACUCUCAGUGACUACUCCUGUACCCCAGCAACUUGAACCUGGAAGGAAACAAGCAUCAAAGAUCUGGGAAGUCCAAGCAUUAAUUUCCAUCCACCUCUGAAUAAGGGUGCUGACUCCUGACUACAGUGUUGUCUGUGUUCCAGUUUUCAAAACUUCAAUUAAAAAUAAACCUAAAACACAGUUUUCUAAAUACAGUAGGGAACUUAGUAAGCUUAAGUCAAUAUCUAGGCUUAAUUGAUACAAGUUACUUGUAAGCUGUUUUGAGGCUGUCGCUUUUCCUAUCACCAGUUAAUCAGUUACUUAAGCAACUUGAUUUUUAAUACAGGAACAACAUUUGCAAUUCAUGCUACCACUCUACCUGAAAAUUACCUUGCUACCUUGUGGUGAACCAUAAAGCAAUAAUAAAAUCUAUUUUUGCCCUUU